GCUGGGCGCGCCCCCCCGGCUUGGAGCUCGCAGCAGCAGCAUGGCGAUCCGCAAGAAGAACGCCAAGAGCCCCCCGGUGCUGAGCCAUGAGUUCGUCCUGCAGAACCACGCCGACAUCGUGUCCUGCGUGGCGAUGGUGUUCCUGUUGGGGCUCAUGUUCGAGAUAACAGCAAAAGUUGCUAUCAUUUUUGUUACCCUUCAGUACAAUGUUACUCUUCCUGCUACAGAAGAGCAAACUUCUGAAUCAGCAUCCCUUUAUUACUAUGGUAUCAAAGAUUUGGCAACAGUUUUCUUCUACAUGCUAGUGGCGAUAAUUAUUCAUGCUGUAAUCCAAGAGUAUGUGUUGGAUAAAAUUAACAGAAGAAUGCAUUUCUCCAAAACAAAACACAGCAAGUUCAAUGAAUCUGGCCAGCUUAGUGCAUUUUACCUUUUUUCUUGUAUUUGGGGAACUUUUAUUCUAGUAUCUGAAAACUACAUCUCAGACCCAACUAUCUUGUGGAGGGCUUAUCCUCAUAACCUGAUGACAUUUCAAAUGAAGCUUUUCUUUAUAUCACAGCUGGCUUACUGGUUUCAUGCUUUUCCUGAACUUUACUUUCAGAAAACAAAAAAGGAAGAUAUUCCUCGACAGCUUGUUUACAUUGGUCUUUACCUCUUCCAUAUUGCUGGAGCUUAUCUUUUGAACUUGAAUCAUCUUGGACUUGUUCUUCUGGUGCUGCAUUAUUUCGUGGAAUUUCUUUUCCAUAUUUCCCGCCUGUUUUAUUUUAGUGAUGAAAAAUAUCAGAAAGGAUUUUCUUUGUGGGCAGUUCUUUUUGUUUUGGGAAGACUUCUGACUUUAAUUCUCUCAGUACUCACUGUUGGAUUUGGUCUUGCAAGAGCUGAGAACCAGAAGCUGGAUUUCAGUACUGGAAAUUUUAAUGUGUUGGCUAUUAGAAUUGCUGUUCUGGCAUCCAUUUGCAUUACCCAAGCAUUCAUGAUGUGGAAGUUCAUUAAUUUUCAGCUUCGGAGAUGGAGGGAACAUUCGAAUUCUCAGGCACCAACAAUAAAGAAGAAACCAACAGUGACCAAAGGCAGAUCUUCUAGAAAAGGAACAGAAAAUGGUGUAAAUGGAACAGUAACUUCAAGUGGAGCAGACUCUCCCCGUAAUAGAAAAGAAAAAUCUUCAUAAUGAAUCAUAGUCUAAUUGAUUCAUUUCCCCAAAGAAAUCUGCUUUGUACUCUUUAUCUUUCAGCAUUAGAGAUUUUUUUCUGUUCUUAAAAAUACAGUUUGUGCUCUUUGA